AUGCUGAAUAUCAUGGCCAUUUCGAAACCCAAACUGACAGGCGAUGGUCAUGAAUUGCAAUUCGCAACAAACAACCUGUCUCAUUUUUUAUUUUUCAAUAUGUUGAAGCUUGCUCUGCUGGCCGGCUCAUCGCCUGACAUCCACUUUCGUGUCGUUAUGGUCUCUGCUUCUGCGCACCUUCUAACCGGUUUGAACAUAUCAGACAACUACAACAUCCAAAAAGGCGGCUAUCACCCCUGGAGUGCCUAUGCCCAGUUGAAGCUGGAGAAUAUUUACAUGACCAACGAGAUCGAACGUCGCUACGGCCGUCAAGGUGUACAUGCCAGCAGCCUGCAUCCAGGAAUUGUGGGCUCGCUGAGCCAGGAAGAGCUUGCGGACAUGUUGCGAAAUGGAAUGAUGAUCAAAACGCGAAAGUCCAUGGAACAAGGAGCAGCGACUACAGUCUGGGCGGCAAUCUUUCAAGAUCUUGAGAGACGAGGUGGAUUAUAUCUUAAUGACUGUGCUGAGGCUGAGAUGAGUGAGCAAGACGGUAAUCUGGUGAGUGGGAAAGCCGUGCCUCACACGUACAAUUCCCAGGAUGAAUCCAGACUGUAA